AUGGCUAUAUGCGAUGGUGCGGCUCUUACUCCUCUGCCGGGCUCCUGCAUACGUGACUAUUGGGCGUCAGCCAUCCCGUUCGGAUUCCUCAUCCUUGUACCGCCACUUCGCGUAGUGGCCAAGCAUCUUCGUCCUAAAAGCUAUCUGACACUAGAAGAGGCCGAGGCCCUCAUUCCUGCGGAGGACGACGUAGGCGAGGACGCUGCUGCUGCUGCUGCUCCCCUCUGGCGCACUCUCCUUUUGUCCACAGUGUCACUUCUACAGUAUUCAGCAUGGAUCGCUGCUGCAACUUACACCAUAGCCGUCAGUCCUGCAGAUAUCUGGAACAGCGUGUCUCAUUUUCUGAUGGCGACAACCUGGCUCUACGCCGGCCUUCGACCUAUCGUGAAGCCGCUCAUCUCCUUUCCCUAUGACCUCCUGGUUCUCUUUUGCUUGCACCUGACCUGCUCGACUGCUGUGUUCGUUGGCUACCUAUACGACAGCUAUGUUCUCGCUGUCUCCCUGGAGCCGCUUACGGUAGCCACGAACGCGUUGAAUAUAUUCGCCGUCACGGGGGUCCUGGCAGUAGUCAUGAACAUGCCGCUGGCUGUCCCUAGCAAGCGGAUCAGGAAAGAAGACAUCGGGAAAACAGUCUCUCCCGAAUACUACACUACUGCGUGGGGCUGGGCAUCUUUCCGCUGGAUGCUCCCUUUGCUCGAGCGCGGUUUGUCCAAGACGUUGAACGAAGAAGACGUGUGGUCGAUCAGCCCGCUCCAACAAGCUCGCCCACUGUACAUCCUCUUUUCGCGAUCCACAGGCACGCUGCUGCGGAAACUCUGGAAUUUGCACUACAUAGAGCUCUUCCUGGACAUCGUGCUGACGUGUCUCAGCGUCAUAUUCAGCUACGCGGGGCCCGUCUUCCUGAAGCUCAUUUUGGACGCACUCGCACAGCCGGGGAAGACACGGGAGCAAAGGGCGCUUGCGUUUGUGUAUGCACUACUCGCAUUUGCGUGCAAGUUGUUGCAGGGGCAAGUAGAGGUGCAGCGCCUAUGGAUCAGUCGUCGUGCUUCCGGACGGGUCCGUUCUGAGCUCAUGGCUGCGAUCUACGACAAAGCUCUCAAGCGCAAGGAUAUCUCCGGGACCAUCCAACGCAAACAUUCGGACCCCAAUGCUGAUCGGCGCGAUACCGGGGAUACCAAGUCGAGUGCGGAUGUCGGGAAGAUUGUCAACCUCAUGGCCGGCGAUGCCAGUCGCAUCUCUGGAAUCGUCAACUACAUGUACUUCAUAUAUCAAUGCCCGUUCGAAAUCCUUCUUGCGACUCUGUUCCUGUACCGACUCUUGGGAUCAGCUGCAUUUGCGAGCGUCUUCAUCGUAAUGCUGACCACGCCUCUCAACCGAAUCAUCAGCAAAAGAUCAAUACGCGUGCAGAAGGGUCUUUCUACGGCGCGCGACAGCCGAAUGAGCGUUGUGAACGAGCUCAUAAGUGCUGUCAAGUUUAUCAAGUUCUUUGCAUGGGAGGAUCGUUGGAUCAAACGCGUCUCGGAUACGCGCAGGGUCGAGCUGCAAUGGCUAGUCAAGGAGCGCAUCAACUCGCUACUCUUCUCGUUCAUCUGGGCGAGCGUCCCAAUUCUAGUCUCCGUGUCAACUUUCUUGGUGUUCGUUUGGCAAGGAAACGAGCUCACGAUAGGUACUGCUUUCACUGCCAUCGCACUUUUCCAGAUGCUCCGUGAACCGUUCAACGGCAUUUCGACAUGGUUUGUCCAGAUAUUCCAGUCCAAGGUUGCGCUUCAGCGCAUAGCGGCUUACCUUGAUGAAGAGGAGGUGAACGAGCAGGUAUCCUCUUUGAAGAAGGGGCAUGUUCCCCCAUCUGAAGACGCGGAGGGCGGCUUCGGGAUCAUCCACGGCACCUUUAUAUGGAACGCGACGAAGGGUCGGGCCGAUAGUCGCGAGAGCGCUGACCAGUCAAGCAACUUCCACCGCGACAACGCAGACGAUCGCCAGUUUCAACUACAGGAUAUUGAUGUCAUGUUCCCCGAGGGCCAACUUUCUGUCGUCACUGGGCCAACCGCCAGCGGGAAGACCGCGUUACUGAUGGCGCUCCUAGGCGAGCUGACGACGCUGAAAGGGCGCAUCGUCAUGUCGAAAAACGCUUCCAAGAUUGACGAGUACGGGCUGGCGCAUACAAUCUCUUACGCAUCCCAGACCCCGUGGUUGCGUCACGAGUCGAUCAGGAAUAACAUCCUGUUCGGGUUCCCAUACGAUGAAGAACGGUACAAUGCGGUCUUAGAAUGCUGCGCGCUCAGGCCAGAUCUAGAGAUCCUAGAAGAUGGUGAUGCGACGGAAAUCGGCGCACGAGGAGUAAAUUUGUCUGGAGGUCAGAAGGCACGUGUGGCUCUCGCCCGCGCGGUAUAUGCUCCGACGAAGUAUGUACUCCUCGACGACCCGUUGAGCGCAGUGGAUAGCCACACUGCUCGCUUCUUGUACGAGAGGCUGCUCCGGGGAUCGUUACUCGCGAAUCGUACAGUCAUCUUCGUCACACACCACGUCGAGCUGGUGUUAUCGGGAGCAUACUACAUCGUUCGCAUGGCCGAUGGUCGCAUUGAUGUACAAGGCGAGGUGACAAAACUUCGCGCGAGUGGCGCGCUCGAGGACAUCGCCCAAGGGGAAGAGGAUGCCGCGCUCGAGGACGAGCACGACGUUGCGGAGACAACCCCUCUGGACACUGAAGAAAGUCUUGAGGUGGCGCAGAAGGGUAAGAAGCCUCGGAAGCUGGUAGAGGAAGAACAUCGUGCGGCCGGCCGUGUGAAGUGGCCUAUCUACAAAGUCUACCUCGUGGCCUCCUCGUACUGGACGUGGGCAAUUCUGGUGGUUCUCCUCCUCUUGACUCAACUCCUGGCUGUAGGCCAGAAAUUUUGGAUCAAGGUCUGGGGUGAAGCGUAUGGAGAUGCGUCAGGUGGAUCGAUCAAUUCAGCGAAUAUCUUCUGGACACCUGUCGAGCAGCAAUACCCCUUGGACACAUCCAACCAUAGCGCGGUAACUGAGAUCGUCACGACCACCCUGCCGUCCGCCCAGUCGAAUCCGUACUUCUAUGUCGGCGUAUAUGCUGCAAUCGCGCUGUCGACCAUCCUCGUCAACGCUAUUGGAGUGGCAGUGCAAUACACUGGUGCUCUUCGGGCUUCCAAAAUACUAUUCGACAGGCUGUUGCGCGCCGUCGUGCGGGCAACGAUGAGGUGGCAUGAUACUACACCUCAGGGACGUAUGCUGAAUCGCUUCAGCAAGGACAUUGAAACGGUCGAUCUCUCUCUUGCCGGCAGCCUACAGUCCGUCAACCAGUCGUUGGCGCUGAUCACAAUAUCUACGCUCACAAUCAUUGCCAUCUUCCCGCUCUUCGUCAUCCCUGCAGCGAUCAUCGGUCUCAUAUUCACCCGUACCACCGUUGCAUACCUCAGCACCAGCCGGGACAUCCAGCGCAUGGAGUCCAACACCCGCAGCCCGAUCUUCUCGAACUUCAGCGAGUUGCUCGACGGCAUCGUGACCGUCCGCGCGUUCGGCGCGGAGCAGCGCUUCCUCGACGACAUGUACAGGCAGAUCGACCUCACCACGCGGAUGUGGUACACGUUCUGGAUGCUGAACCGCUGGGUCGCCCUCACGUUUGGUACGCUCGGUGCGAUCGGCACUCUGGCAACGACUAUCUUCGUUCUGGCGGGCUAUGUGGAUGCCGGCUUGGCCGGCGUUUGUAUCACGUCGGCGAUGUCGUUCUCGGGCAACGCAUACUGGGUCUGUCGCAACUGGACCUCUUUGGAGCAGGAUCUGAAUUCUGUAGAACGUGUGGUGGAGUACCUACAGCUGCCUCAGGAACCGCCGGCGGUAAUAGAGUCCAAGCGGCCGCCCGCAUACUGGCCGUCGUCUACCAGUGGGAACAAGGACAACCUGCUAGUCGUUGAGGGCCUGGUCAUCCGAUAUGCGCCCACACUACCCGAGGUGCUUCACGGUGUCUCGUUCUCACUCAAAGCAGGCGAGCGGGUAGGGCUGUUGGGGAGGACUGGCAGCGGGAAGUCGACGCUCGCUAUGAGUCUUUUGCGCUUUGUUGACCCUGCCAGCGGCCGCAUCAUCAUAGACGGUAUCGAUAUCACCACGAUCGGUGUACAGGACUUGCGGUCUCGCACUACGUUUAUUCCCCAGGAUGCUGUGCUGUUCUCCGGCACAAUCCGUGAUAACCUUGACCCCUUCAGCGAACAUACCGACAGCGAAUGUCUGGAUGUGUUGUACCGCGUCCAGCUACUGAGAGAUCGGCAAGAGGAGGAGCGCACUGCGACUCCCAGCGCUUCUACCCCGGACUCACAUUCGGAACGCGAGGGCCAGGCGGCACUCACGCUGGACACCGAAGUCUCCCCCGGCGGUACGAACUUCUCCCAAGGUCAACGGCAGCUCAUUGCCAUGGCGCGGGCGCUCCUUCGGCGCAGCUCGAUCAUCAUCCUCGACGAGGCCACGAGCAGCAUCGAUUUUGCCACCGACGCGAAGAUUCAGACGGCUAUCCGCCAGGAGUUCGGAAACUCGCUGCUGCUGACCGUCGCUCAUAGGUUGCGUACAAUCAUCGACUACGAUCGGCUGAUUGUGCUAGACGAGGGCAGGAUCGUCGAGUUCGAUACCCCUCUCAACCUCUUGCAGAAGGCGGGCGGUGUCUUCAGGACGAUGUGUCUCAAGAGUGGGACGUAUGCUGAGCUCGAGGCGGCUGCUAAGAGCGCCGAUCAAGUCAAAAAGUAA